AUGAAUGUUAUUGUCGAUAUGAAUAAGCUGUGUCGUUUCUGUUUCAAUGAAGUUAAUCAGGACAUGCAAGACUUGACAGAGGGAGAUCAAAUUCGUUGUAAAAUACUAUUAACCUUGAAUGUGAAGAUAGAACCCCUCCAUAAACCAUUACCAACAAAAAUUUGCAAGAGUUGUUCAGAAAAAGUUGAUGACAUAUAUAAUUUUCAUCAAAAACUUAUUGAGAGUGAACAGCUACUUCUUCAAUAUGUUCAAGAAGGCAAAACUGAAUUAGAAAAAUUAUAUCUGAAAAUUGAGAGUAAAAUCAAGGUAAAGAAAGAAAAAGAUUUAACCAGUACCGAUAGUACAGCGAAUGUGAACAAUGGUAUUGAAGAUAAAGUCAAAUUAGAAACAGAAGUAAAUAGUGCAGAAAGUGCUGAUAUCACAUAUAUUGAUGUGGAUGAUGUAUCUCACGAUGGAGCGGUAAAUAUCGACUCAGAUUCCUCAUUACAUAUCAUACAUGUAAAAGAAGAAAAGUAUAAUGCUGAAACAAUGCACCCUGAUGUAGUUCCCGUUAAUAUAACACAAUUCAAAUGUCUCACUUGUUUUGAAAUGUUCAAUUCGCAGAAUGUAUUGCUUAAUCAUUAUAACACAGAACAUCACAAGAAAGUAAAAGACCAAAACACGGAGGAUCAUUUUACCCUAAUAUUGUCUCAAGACGGAUAUUCUUUAUUAUUUAAAUGUAGUGUAUGCAGUAAAGAGUAUAGUAAUAAGAAGUCAGUUAGUCGUCAUUAUUUACUAGCGCAUGUGAAUGAGAGACCAUUUGUUUGUAAGCUGUGUGGCAGAACAUAUAAAACGGUCUCAGAAAUAAUACGACACGGAAGAGCUCAUAAUGGUACAAGAUAUUUUUGUACCCAACAAUGUGGGUACAGCACUGUGUACCUCGGCGCUUUGAAGGAACACGAGAAGCGACAUAAUAAGGAAAAUUCAAAGUAUAAAUGUGAGAAGUGCGGCAAAGGUUUCCAAGUAAAGACUUGGUACGAACAGCAUCAGAACAUCCACAAAGGAUUGAAGCCAUUUGUCUGUGAUAUAUGUGGAGUAUCAUUCCAUAUGAAUAGGUAUUUAACAGCCCAUCGCAGUUCAGUCCACCCGCAGUCGUCAAGUCUGAAGCGCUACGUUUGCGUGCAUUGCUCUCUGCCGUGCGACUCGAGGAAAGCACUGACUUCACACUUAAAGGAGCACGGUAUUAUCUCCAGCAUUCUAUGCGACUUGUGUGGCAAAGUAUUGUCGAACCGGGAACAGCUGAAAUUGCAUAAAAAAAUGCACUUUGGGGAAAAACCGUUCUCUUGCAGCAUCUGUAACAAACCGUUCACCAAGAAGUUUAACCUUCAAUUGCACGAGCGAACCCACACGGGCGAGAAGACCCACACUUGUACGCAAUGCGGCAAGUUUUACAGCCAACGGAGUACACUGAGAAGACAUAAAUGCAGAGGCAUUACUGUGCAGAGUAACUCAAGUGUCAGAAAUGCAUGA